UUCCGCCGCCAAUCGCCCGGGACAUCCCCCACACCGAGCCCGGACGCCUCCGCCGCAGCCGCCGCCGCGCCAUGGCGAUCGCAAGGCAAGUGCUUUGUCUCUCUGCUUUCCUGGCGCUGCCGCUCGCUCGCGCCGAGCCCAUCCGCUACUCCGUAGCCGAGGAGGCGGAAAGCGGCUCCCUGGUCGGCAAGCUGGCGGAGGACGCGGGGCUGACGCCGCCGCAGCUCUCGGCUCGCCGCGCCCGCCUGCUCUCGGAGGACGGCCGGCAGCAUUUGCGCUUAGACCGCGGCUCCGGCCGCCUCCUCGUGGCGGGGAGGCUCGACCGGGAGGAGCUGUGCGCCCACUCGGCCACCUGCAUGCUCCCCUUCGAGCUGCUGCUCUCCGACCCGCUGCAGUUCUUUCGGGUCGAGGUGACUCUGAACGAUGUAAAUGACCAUUCGCCGGUUUUUCCAGAAGUUCGAGACACUUUUAAGAUUCCAGAGACGAGCGAGACAGGCUCCCGUUUCCCACUACAGAGGGCUCGGGAUCUCGAUAUUGGCAGUAAUAGCAUCCAGGCGUACAGAAUCUCUCCACAGAAUGCGGACUUUAGUGUCUCCUAUGGCAGUCGGAGUGAGGAUGACAAAUAUCUUGAACUUGUCUUGGAAAAGCCGCUAGAUAGGGAGGAGCAGGCAGAGAUGAGUUUCAGUGUUAUUGCUGAAGAUGGGGGCUCUCCUCCAAGAAGUGGCACCACCCAAGUGAAAAUUGUCAUUCUAGAUGCAAAUGACAAUGCUCCUAUGUUCACAAAGCACGUUUAUAUUGCUAAAGUGCUGGAGAACAUGCCUGAAGGUUCUGUGAUUCUGACUGUGCUGGCAACCGAUCAGGAUGCAGGAAUCAAUGGGGACAUUUCCUAUGAAAUCACUGAAUUAGUGGGGCAGAGCGACUCACAAUUUGUCAUUGAUCACAGAACUGGCGAAAUUAAACUGACAAAACCCCUGGACUUCGAGGAAGCAGAAACUCACCUGCUCAGUGUGAGAGCCAGAGAUGGUGGGGGGCUCUCAGCAAUCUGCAAAGUGCUGGUGGAGGUGGUGGAUGUGAAUGACAAUGCCCCAGAGCUGGCGGUCAGUUCCUUCAGCAGUCCCCUCCCCGAGAACACGGUGCCCGGCACCGUGGUUGCCCUGUUUACGGUCAGGGACCGCGAUUCUGGUGCCAACGGGAAGAUCUCGUGCGCCCUGGACGAUCAGCUCUUCUUCUCCCUGCGGCCAGCCUAUAAGAAUUACUACGAGCUGGUGACAGUGAGCGCGCUGGACCGCGAGCGCACGGCUCGCUACGUGCUCGGUGUCACAGCCGCAGAUGCGGGCUCGCCGCCUCUCACGAGCACGCACACCUUCACCGUGGACAUCUCGGACGUCAAUGACAACGCGCCCGUCUUCAACCAGACCUCCUACACCAUGUACGUGCGGGAGAACAACGCGCCCACGGUGUUUGUGGGAGCCGUGAGCGCUGCAGAUGCUGACGUGGGGCUCAAUGCCAAGGUGACCUACUCGCUGGCCCCGGUGCCGGCGGCAGAGCGGCCCUCGUGCUCCUGCAUCUCGGUGAACUCGGAGAACGGACACGUGUUUGUGCUGCGGCCGCUGGACUACGAGCGCUUGCGGCAGAGCGAGGUGACGGUCAGCGCCUCUGACGCGGGCUCUCCUCCCCUGCGAGCCAACGUCACCGUGCGCCUCGUGGUGCUGGACGAGAACGACAACGCGCCGCUCGUGCUCUACCCGGCCCAGGACGGCAGCGCAGCGUCCAGCGAGCUCGUGCCCGUGUCGGCUGAGCCGGGCUACCUCGUCACCAAAGUGGUGGCCGUCGAUGCCGACUCCGGACAGAACUCCUGGCUCUCGUACCACCUGCUCAGGGCCACCGAGCCCGGCCUGUUCAGCGUGGCUGUGCAGAGCGGCGAGGUGCGUCUCAAGAGGCCGGUGACGGAGAGGGACAGCGCCAAGCACAAGCUCCUCGUCCUGGUCAGGGACAACGGCAAGCCCCCGCUGUCAGCCACCGCGGCUCUGAGCGCGCUCCUGCUCAAGGACUUCUCCGACGUGCGCCUCCCGCACGGCAGCCCGCCCACGGACGAGCAGGGCGACUCCCUGACCACCUAUUUAAUCAUUGCCUUGGUCUUUGUCUCGCUCCUCUUCCUCAUCUCCUCCGCGCUCUUUGUGGCUCGCAAGGUGUGCAAGAGCAAGGAGCUGAAGGCUGCCCAUGUGCUUUCUGGUGCCCACAACUUGCACAGCGGCCUGGCCGAUGCAGCCGCUGCAGGGACCCUGCCCCGCGCCUAUUGCUACGAGAUCAGCCUCACCACGGGCUCGGGCAACAGCGAGUUCCAGUUCCUCAAGCCCAUCCUGCCCAGCCUGCCAGCACAGCACUGCGCCACGGGCCAGGGCCCCCAGGAACAGGAGCAGGAUUUCCCCUGUGUGCCUGUCAGCACAGAGGACGUGACACCAGACAAUGCUGGGACUCUCUCUGCACGACAUUUGAACGCUCUUACCUUUAACUAAGUCGUGGUGUGCAGAGCCAGAGGCUUCAUGGCUCAUGGGAGGAGUGGAUCCAAACUGCCACAUGUGACACUAUUUUUACAGGGUAUAUCUCCAUUUGCAAUCUGUUUUACCAACUCCCUGCAAAUUCUAUGUCAGAGUAAAACUAUCUUCCCCUCCAACAACAAAAACGAACGUAGAAAGGGAUCUGAGGUUCCCCCUCAUGAGGUAUGUUUCAGCUUUAUUAUUUCUGAUUGCAUUUAAGAAUGGGCUUAAUUCUCCAGCUAUUCUUCUGUCUCUCUUUCUGUCCAAUAAGAUUGUAGAGCUUUUCUUUUGUCCUGUCAAACAAAGGCAGAGUUUGGCACUUAAAUAUCCUCCUUCAAAAAUGUACAAAACCCCUUUCCCAGAUCAGGAAAGCAAAGAUAUUGGGAGCACAUUGUCGCAAUGCCAGUGUGAGAACUAGGCUCUUCCUUCCCUGUGUUCUGGAUGCCUCUGUCUGACAUGUGUGGGUUCUACAUGCUUUGAUUUCAUGUCAGUCAAUACAGCCACUGUGUUUCUGCAUAUUUUUCACUAGUGCUGCUCAGUGAACUGUGGAGUUGCUCCCAUCCAACCUUUGCAAUGCAGGCAAUUGCAGCUCAGCUGGCAAGAAGAGUAUUCUGACCCUCUGAGUACAGGAGUCUCAUCCUCUUCAGGGCAGAGAAGAGCAGUAAUAUGUGCAACAAAAUAU